ACCAAACCUACACAAACUUAAACAAAAUGUUCAAAUUCAUCGCUGUUUGCUUCUUCGCUUUGUUGGCUGUUGCCGCCGCUAAGCCCGGUUUGGUAGCUCCUUUGGCCUACUCUGCUCCUUUGACUUAUGCUGCUGCUCCAGCUGUUGUUGGUCAUGCUUCCUAUGUUGCACCUUAUGCCUCCACCUACAAUGCCCACCAUGUUGCUCACUCUGCUGCCUUCCCUGCCACUUAUGCUGCUGCCCCAGUUGUUCAUGCCGCCCCUGCUGCUUAUGCCGCUGCUCCUUUUGUAGGUGCUUCUUAUGCUGCUCAUUAUGCCACCCCCUUCGCUACUCCUCUUUUGUUGAAAAAGUAGAUCAGAGUAUUG